GACAAUUACCAUGCUGUCAAUCUUUGACCAUCGUCAUUAUGUCACACUUGACCAAAGAAUCACAUCAAGUACAUACAGCUUAUCUUGCAUACGAAGUAUUUUCCUUCAAGAUAUUUACCCUUAACAAAAUGACUUUCUACUUUAAUAAAUUUUCAUACCUUCCAAGUUAAGAUCUGGUAAAACAAAAACAGGAUAGACAGCAUCAAAAUUUUAAUAUUUUUGCUGAAUGGCUUCCAAUCCCAACACCAAGAUAAGCUGAAAUUGCAUAUACACAGAGUUCUUGCUUACAUUGGGUACUAACAUCGGAGUUAUAUACAUUUCCUGUUAACAAAAGGGGAUCCAUUAGGUUGUAUGCUAAGACAACACAUAAUAGAUAUAUUUAUAUAUCUAUAUAAACAGCCAUUUUCAAAAACGUUGCAAUUUGAAAACAAUAUAUGUGAAAUAUAUAUACCUAUAUACCUCUAUAUAGAGGUAUAUAUAUCUCUUUAUACUGUCAUUCCCAAUGACGAAGGUCUCUGGGCCCUCAGACAUUUUCUCGAUCAACGCACUGUUGAGGAACCUAGCACUACUCCGUCUGGCCAGACUAGUACUAACACCUAAUUACUUUUCAUUCGAUGGCAACUACUUCAAACAAACUAAUGGCGUAGCCAUGGGAACCAAAAUGGGUAUUUCUUUGGUCAGAAGUUCAUUUCAAACCAAUGACCAACCUGGAACUUUCAAAGCGCUGGCUCACGAUGCCAAACUCGUCCUUUCAUUCGUAACGUAGAGAAAAUGUCGGGUCACCUCUCUCUUUAUGUUUCCCAAAUCCAUUGAUUAAAAUUCCCUAAAAAUUUGCAGCUACUCUUGUUAUCAUGAGUGUAGAAAUGUCACGUAUAUUUCUGAUGAAAAAAUUAAAAAAAUACUGACGGUGGCUCAGUAGAGUCUGGGUACUACCUUCUCAUUGUCACACUAGUGCGUGAUGUAGAACGCGCUGGUCUUCAGCAAAAGAUUUGGUUAACCCUGAGCGAACUGGAAGAAACGCACUUUUUAUGUUAACGAGCGAGGAAAGGUGAGAGCUCUUUAAUGCUGUUCUAGCCAUUUCAGUGAUAAAAAAUUUGCUCUACACUUAGGGUUUCGAAAUUUUCCAUUCGUUUGAACGCUGAACUUGAGUCAAAAGUCUAAGUUAUCGUUCCGAGAGGAAAUCACAAUGUAGAUGUAUCGAUUUAUGGCGCAUCGUCGAGGAUUGCUGUUUUAUUCCAGUCUACUUUGAAAUGUGAAAUCGUAAUGCUCACGAGUCGUCACGUAGCAGAGGAAAUAGAUCGCUGUAAGGUUGCAUGUCCUAGUAUCAUGUUACCGAAGUCCCCGUUUAGGUAAUUGCAGGGAGAAUUCAGUAUCUUAAAUGCAUUUCGAGUAAAGAAAUGUAAAAAAUGUGUAUCAUGAUUAUUCAGGGAGGAAUGCUUUAUGAUUAAUGGAACUAGUUGUUUGAUUAUCAGAAUGACUUUUGGUUUUUAAAAUUACAACAUAACUGGGUAGUAAGGGUUAAGCGUUAGAAAAAAUCGAAACACAUAGAACCAACUUUGAAACUCGAAUUCAAUGCACGCCGCCACCUUGGUUAGUGUGACGCGUUACGGUUUGUUAACUGCAAACAAAAUAUCUGUUGUUUGAAGAUAAUGGUGACAACUACGUACUCUCGUUCGAUGACAAAUGGAUUCCUGAACAUGUGAAUAUUCGUCCUUCAGUAGAUGUUCCCAGGGAUUUCAGUUAGGGAAUCUUUUAAGCGAAGGCAACUUUUUAAUUUAAAAGAGUUUAAGACAAUCCUCAAGACAAGAUUAAGGUGUUGAUUACUAAUAGGGCCCGAACUUGGUGUUUACUAUGUAUUGUUAACUUGCGAAUAAUUUGUGGUGAUCACCUUUCAGUGUGUAAUGUUAGGCAAUUACCCAGGUAAAUUUAUCCAGUUGUCCACGUUAUUUCGAUUAGGUUAAGUUACGUUCAUUCAAAACGUUUUUCUUUGCUUAAACACAACAAAGAUCUUUGACGUUGUUUUAUCAACAAUUAUUAACUGAGUUUUAAAACUGCCUGGAAGUUUUGUCUGACCAUGUGUAAUCUUUUUCCCUUGCGAACUCUUCAAAGAAGCAUGUGUGACCGGAUAAAACCGCUGAAAUUUCUAAGAGACGAUUUCCUUCCACUAGAAAUGGAUGUAGGAAAAGAAAUGGUGGACGUUCUUCCAAAACUGCCGGCCCGAAAGGAGGAUAUCUUUCUUACGUCAUAUCCAAGAUCAGGUUCGUUUACAAGUGACAGGGGUCUUUUCUCUAAAAUGUGAAACUCACUAUAAAUCAAUACAUGAUUUGUUUUGAUGUCUUCAGUCAACUGGGCCGGGGACAUUAUUAUGUUAUUGGUUUGUACUUAUUUGGUUCCUCUUCGUCACUAUGACUAUUCAGGGUAUUCCGAGUAGUUUUGCCGGCACAUUCAUACGGCAACGAUAGUAACAACGAAGGGCACGAUAAUGAUGUUGCAAAAAGGCUACGUUUGGGUUAAGUUGAGAUAGGAGCAGAAAGAAAUUGUGAAAGUAAUUCUAGUUUGAUUUGGGAUGGAAUAAGCCGUGAGAAAUACUUGGAUCACGGUUGAUCCGACCCCAUUUCUCAAAGUUUUGCUUCUCCUUCGCCAUUUCGAUUUAUCCCUUAUGUCCAUAAGACAGUUUUUUUUACAAGAUUGCAGAGUAACAAGAACGACGAUGAUACAAGCAACGCUAAAAAUAAAUGAAAGUAGCAACCAGAAAAAUUAUAAGGAGAGGAAUACAUGGCCGUUGCGCAGGCCAACCUUCUCGCAUGGUGUAGGUUGAGCUCGCUGUAAAUUAUCAGUUAUGUUUACAGGGCUAUUUUUAUCAGUACUUUUGAAUUAAGUUGAAUGAUUCCCCACAAACGAUUAAGCACUGACUCUCCAAGGCGCGGAAAAAUAAACUUUUUGCUUAUUAUUAGCUUCUCAUUAAUAGCAAUGAUUUAUUUUUAUGUAAUGCCUCAUUCGUUUAACAAAGAUUGAAAUAACGUCUCGGCUGCGAUCCACACGAUCCACUGCGAUCUCUUUGCAAAUUGUAGAAUUGUACAUUUUCUGGAACUUUGCGGGUUUCUUUUGUCAUUUUUCGCAGGCUCCACUUGGACUGGGGAAAUUAUAUGGCAGAUUCUUCAUGAUGGUAAAAUAGACGAGCGACGAUUGGAUGAACGAAUACCUUUUGUGGAAGGGAUUAUUCUGCCUUUUAGAUCUUAUCCCUAUACUGUAACAGACCCCGAGUCCGCCAAGAAAAUGUUUACCAGCUUCUCUGAGCCUCGCGUAUUCAAAACUCAUCUUCCUUAUUGCUUCGUCCCUAAGGGCUCUGAUGAAGCUAACAAACCUCGAUACAUAUAUGUUGUGCGCAAUCCCAAAGAUGUGUUUGUGUCUCUUUAUCAUCAUCACCGCAACAUGCCUUAUUUAGUGGAAAUUCCUUCCUGGGACGAGGCGUUCAAACGUUUUAUCACAGGAGACUGUAAGUAACAUUCCCUUAGCCAUUCUUCAUGAACAAGAGCUUUAAGUCAUUAAGACAUAUAAUAGGUAUAUUGGUUCUACAACUCAGUGAACAUCCUUUGAUAAUAAAUUUCAGAAGAGGCAAACAUAUGACUAGUUCACUAACACGGCUUCCCGGUUGAAGUCCUAAAUGUAAUAACUGUCCUAAAUGUAAUAAAGUCCUAAAUGUAAUAAGCCUCCAAUGUAAUGGUUUAACUCCUUCAGCGCAUUGUUGUUAUGGCGGACAUCCACAUUGAGAUGUUAAAGUGACAGCUGUCGCACUAAAAAAACCGCUGACCAUUAUAUAUGUCACAUUACGGGCUCGCUGAUAUCAAUCAGUGUCUUUUUACUUGCUAGACAUAAGAAAUAUCAGCAGUCGGAGUAUGGUCCUUUAAGCGGUUUAUUGAUCGAGUUGAAGAAAAUAAUUUCCAGCCCAAAGUGGGCUAGUGCUUGGCUGGAAGCUCAAUAGGAUGGAAUCGAUUAGUGCGUAAUCACUAGGACUUUUUGGAGAGGAAAUUGACUACAAUUGAUGUUGAACUAGCAUGCUAUUGUUAAUGUUAUCGUUCGUGUUAAAGUCUUUAGUAGUCAUGCACCAUUUUAGAGCAGUUUUAAUGAUUUCGCUGUGUCACAUGUUAAUCCAAAAGAAAAGCAUUAUUAUCAGUAGUGUUACUGAAAUUUUGCACAUCAAUAUUAUUCAUUGUCAAUUGAUUUUAAUGAAGUAUUUUGAGUUCAUUUUUAAGAAUGACUAUCUUGAUUUAUUCAAUUUUGAACCUGAGAUAUUGCAUUUGUAGCCCUCUAUGGCUUUACUGCACCUCAGUAAUCAGUUCAUGUACCAUAUGACUAUAAGUGGAAACUGUUGAGCUUUCUUUUUUCAUUCAUUUAUUUAUCUAUUCAUUUUCUAUCCUCACGACGGGGAGAAGAGAUGAAGACAAAAAGUGAAAUAUAAACUUGAGAUCAUCUGUAAAAUAUAUGUUUUUUCAGUAUUUCGGUUCGGGAACUGAUGAACCAGUCAUUAAGGGGCUUAAGGAAAAAAAUGAACGAUUCAUUAGACCAUCAACUGACCAUCGUGUGUUGAAUGUUGUAGCUCAAUGGUUCAAUUUGACUUUUGCGUGGAAAAAAGGCAACAUGUCGAGACCUGUGAUCGUGAAAUGGAAUAAUAUAUGAUUGGUCAGUAGAUAUCUUGCUCCGUAAGUCACUUUAUCAUAUAGCUAGCAGCGCGCGCGGGCAAGAUGAAGUAAAUCCUGUGUUCUGAUUGGCUACCUGAGCAGGCAAGAUGGGCCCACCCUCGCCCGCUCGGGAUUCCCCGUAUUGAUGCCACGUAAGAAAACUUACAAAGUUCGUAACUUUUGGACAAUGUCGGCAUAUACAUAGGAAAAAAAUAAACGACCCUCUUGGGUUUAUUGUGUUGCAAACACAGUUGGCUUUCUCUAUCGGCUCUCGAAAUAAACAUUUGAUUCUUAUCAAAGCGAAAUCUUUUGCUAUACAAUGAAUCCUUUAAUGACCAAGCCAAGAGAAUACAAGACCAAGCUUGUUCAGUCAAGAUGACUGGAUAUUAGCCUUGUUCUUUUUUUACUUUUUUAUGGACCGAGACUUCGUCUCAGUCCAUAAAAACACAGGAAAAAAAAAAAAAAAAAAGAACUCGGCCAAUAUCCAGCCAUUUUGACCUCAUGCUUGGUCAAUAACGCAUAUGAAUACAUUUUAUUCAGACCCAUACAAAUCUGGCAAGGGAAGACAGUACAAAAAAUGCUCUUCCGAGCCCGGAAUUUGUCCAACGUAUAAGUCGGUGGACUUUCUUUUCCUUGUAAUUCAGUUCAUGAAUUGUUAACUUCAGCACUGAUCACACAAGUAUAUCGUCAAAACCUGUUACACUUAAGAGUCUGAGCCAAUGAUAUAAAGAGAGCUAUUGAUCAGCGUUCUCAUUCCUUUGCGUCCGUCAAUUUGAUGCCAAAAGCACAUCAGUAUAAGGUUUUGUAGCCAAUGCUUCUCAACAUAUGUCUUUAGCAAAUAAAAAGACGCUGAUUAAUAUCAGCGAGCCCGCAAUAUGCCAUGAAUAUUGGUCAGAGGAUUCUUUAGUGCAACAGCUGUCACUUUAGCAUCUCAAUGUUAGCGCAGUCAAACGGCUGCAUAGGAGGCUUAUUACAUUUAGGACCGAACGUUAUUACAUUUAGGGCUUUAUUACAUUUAGGACCAAAUGUUAUUACAUUUAGGACUUUAUAACAUUUAGGACAGUUAUUACAUUUAGGACUUCAACACCCGUAAGACGGCGGUAGAGAAAAAAACACAACAAGACUGCCAAGGCUGACACGUUUGAGAGCAGCCAUCUUUGAUUUGUACGAAGUAGAGUGGCAAUUACUCAAAACAAAGAUAAACAUUUUACUGGAAACCAGUAAGAAUUCGGAGUUAAAUCGUAACUGACAUUAAGUGACGGAUAAUGGAAGUGAAACAACUGGUGCGACCUCAAAAACUAAUUGAGAGUCCGUCGCGAGUUUUCAAGACAAAAAACCCGAGGAUAAGUUAAACAAGGAAAACAGUCAAAUAAACAAACAAUGAGAUCCCGGUUAUGUCUGACUGUCUGAUCGUCGAUUGGAAAAGGCACCCAUACCAUCAACGAAACAUAACAUAUCACAGUGAACUCGCAGGUUUAGAGUCUACCAAACUAUAAACUUAAUAUAAAUCAAGCUCUGGGAAUGUAAUAUUUCUGAGGUCUGCUUGGGCGAAGGAAAUAUAAACAGCAAAAUUGUACGUUUUAAUGAAAGGCUUUUUCUUGCCUACUUUGCAGUUGCGUUUGGUUUGCACUUUGAUCACGUGUUAGGCUGGUGGGAACAAAGGGACGACCCUAACAUUUUGAUUCUUACUUAUGAGGACAGAAUAAAGGUAAGAAAUCAAAGUCAACCGUUUAUGGAUCCUAAAGCUCUUGAGAAUGUAUAAUAUAACCCUCUAUUUCGCUUAAGGAUUAAGGUUUUUUAGUAUUUAAUUCGCCAGGGCGCUAAUCAGGCUAAUCUUUGUGCAUGACUUGCGGAUGUAGAAAAUAAAUAGAUACCAGAAAGAGAACUCGCGUAACCAAGUGUUUUCAAUAUUUUCGACAAUUUAAAACAGUUUAAGUCUUUAACAAUUCACAUGGAUUUGCAUGUAUGCAUGAUAAGAUUUUGUUUGUCGCCAUGCAGCUUUUCCUCUUACGGUUCUUUAAUAUGUGAGCAACUAAACCAUUUUGUAAAAAAACGUCGCUGAACUCCAUCAAGGCUACAAUGUUUCAGUUAAACCGCUAAAACUAAACCCACCAAAAUCAAAGUGACACUACGGGCUCGUCGUAAACACUAGAAAACUGUCGCACUCAGGAUGUGUUAAGACCGACUGUACCUGUUUCAAGGGAAAGUUCCAGCGAGUUUCAAUACCCAAAUAAAUGCAAAGAUAGCAACGUAUAACUUUAUUUUGACCAAUCACAUUGGAGAUCCAGUAAUUGAAGCAAACCACAGAAAAACCUGAACUUAUUAGCGUCAUUCUGCGAGAUUCACAAUAAUAGUUAGUUAUAAAAUGUUAUUCUUUAAGGAUCCAGGAGAUGCUGUUGACAAGAUAGCAAAUUUCCUUCGUAAAAAGAUCUCCCCUGAAACACGUGACCUUAUUGUCAGACAAACGUCCUUUGACGCCAUGAAGAGUUCCAGUCACACCAACUUUACUUGGUUUGAAGGAAUCAAGGGGGAUGGCUAUAUUAGAAAGGGUCAAGUAGGAGGAUGGAAAGAUUACUUCACUGAAGAACAGAAUGAGUUGUUUGAUAAGGUUUUCAGUGAAAGAGUUGGAGAUGGUGAGACUGCAGCUAAAUUAAGAGAACUGCUGUCACUGUAGUAGCCCCGAAAUGAAACAGAAAUUCAAAUUGAAAUAACAGACGCGCUUUGUUUAAUGAUUAUGUUUGUACGCAAUGAGCACCCAUUAGGAAUUUAACCCAAAUGUUGAUGAUAAAACUAGCAGUAUGGGUUGGGAUUAUUAGAGAAGAUUUUAAAAAUGCAUGGACCUUCUAGCCUGAGGAAAUUUUUUGUUUUUAUAUCAAAUUUAAUUUUAGUAAUAACACGCAGAUUGCAUAAUGUUGAGCCUGUUUAGAAGGUUUGCCUGUUUAAGACUCAAACUCCCAACACCGUACCAUGCUUGGCCCCACAUUCCCUUCCGGUCUAUCGAUUCUAAAUCCAGCCAACCUACUAGUGCAACAGCAACAGAGUACGACGACGACAGGUGACAACAAAGAAGAUUUCAGUAUAAUAAAUGAGAAAUACAUGGGCAUUGGUAAAAGUAGUUUUUGUUUCAUAGUAUUUGGGGCUUCACCUGAAACGUUCUCACAUAUACAAACAAACGAACAAAAGAUAAAAGAAAUAAAAUGAAAGCGUAAUGAUUAGAAAAAAAAUUCACUCAAUGAUGAUGAAAUACAUUGGAUUCUUAUUGGGUGUAUCCCACUUGACAAUGCAUCGCUGAUUGGGUUAAUUAAUUGCUGUCGCAUUUGAGACUUAGUCCUCAGAGAAAGGCUUUUUUUUUCUCACAACGACCGUUUCUGAGAAACCAGAGUUAUACCGCACGUAUAUGGGUUCAAGACUGAUGAACUGAUAAGUGAAAACUACUGCUAAUAUUUGUAUCUGAUGUUAUAGUUACGUACUAGGUCCGGAGGAAUGCGACACGGCUUUGUUCGAGAAGAUCAAGUAGGAAGAUAAAAACAUAACUUUGUCGGAAAACAGAACAGUUUUUUUGAUAAGGUGUAGGUUAAUCAAGUUCAUUUACAAAUAAAAAUUUGCCACCAACAUGGAUGUAUGCGUGGAAUUUCAUUAAAGCGGAGGUGCUUGUGAGUUUCAAUUUUCUUCCAAUCGAGGGAUAACUUAUCUUGUUUCAACUUUGAUGGUAGGGAAGAGAGUAAAGUGUGGGAAAGAGGAGCCCAGUUCACUUGCAAAAUUCUUGAGGAAGGCUGGUGCAAUAACACUAGUACAGAUUAUUUAGAAAAGUAAAUUAUUAACUGAC